UGGCCGCUCGUAUCUGGCGGUGCGGCGCGUGCGGUCGCGCUGUGGUUGUGUUUCAGGUUUGAUCGUGUUGAUAACGACUCACUUUUGGACGCAUUUCGCUGCGGAGAGAUGGGAAUUCAGAAGAAAUGGCUGUGAGACAAUUCAUCGUUACGCUGCUGGCCCUGUUCGGUUCGGUGUCUGUUGGUAACGCCCUGCGUUGUAACUGCACAAACUGUGAGAAGACGGGCUAUGAGUGUGAGACAGAUGGCGCCUGCAUGGCCUCCAUAUAUUACAUUCAGGGGAAGGAGCAACAUGUACGCAUCUGCAUCAACAGGGACAACCUUGUUCCCCCCGGGCAGCCCUUCUACUGUCUCAGUGCUGAUGGGCUGCUCAACACACACUGCUGCUAUGUGGAUUACUGCAACAGUAUUGAUCUGAAGGCCCCGGUCCCAACAAAACAGGGGAAUUGGUCAGGAUUAGGAAAGUCCUGGGGACCAGUGGAGCUGGUGGCAGUCAUCGCGGGGCCUGUGUUCCUCCUCUGUGUGCUGCUGAUGGUGGGUGUGUUCCUCUUCCAGUAUCACCAGAGGGCCUACAACCACAGGCAGAGGCUGGAGGUGGAGGACCCAUCCUGUGACCAUCUCUAUUUAGCCAAGGACAAGACCCUGCAGGACCUCAUCUAUGACAUGUCCACUUCUGGGUCAGGUUCAGGUUUGCCCCUGUUUGUGCAGCGGACAGUUGCCAGGACGAUUGUGCUGCAGGAAAUAAUAGGGAAGGGUCGUUUUGGUGAGGUGUGGCGGGGGAAGUGGAGGGGAGGAGAUGUAGCUGUGAAGAUCUUCUCAUCCAGAGAAGAGCGCUCCUGGUUCCGUGAGGCUGAGAUCUACCAGACAAUCAUGCUGCGUCAUGAAAACAUCUUAGGCUUCAUUGCAGCGGACAAUAAAGAUAAUGGCACAUGGACUCAGCUCUGGCUGGUGUCUGACUACCACGAGCACGGCUCUCUGUUCGACUACCUGAACCGUUACUCAGUCACCAUCGAGGGGAUGAUCAAACUGGCCCUGUCAGCUGCUAGCGGCCUGGCACAUCUGCACAUGGAGAUCCUGGGCACUCAGGGUAAGCCUGGCAUCGCUCACCGUGACCUCAAGUCCAAAAAUAUCCUGGUGAAGAAGAACGGCAUGUGCGCCAUAGCUGACCUCGGCCUGGCGGUGCGCCACGAGUCUGUCACAGACACAAUUGACAUUGCACCAAACCAGCGCGUGGGCACCAAGAGGUACAUGGCCCCAGAGGUCUUGGAUGAAACAAUCAAUAUGAAACACUUUGACUCCUUCAAGUGUGCCGACAUUUACGCUCUGGGCUUGGUGUACUGGGAGAUUGCACGCCGCUGCAACACAGGAGGUAUUCACGAGGAGUAUCAGCUGCCUUACUAUGACCUCGUGCCCUCUGACCCCUCAAUAGAAGAGAUGAGGAAGGUGGUUUGUGACCAGAAACUGAGACCUAAUGUGCCCAACUGGUGGCAGAGCUACGAGUCGCUGCGCGUGAUGGGUAAGAUCAUGAGGGAGUGCUGGUAUGCCAACGGAGCAGCCAGACUGACGGCUCUGCGCAUCAAGAAGACUCUGUCUCAGCUAAGUGUGGAGGAGGACGUGAAGAUGUGAGUCCCCACCGAGGACACACCAGGAAUCGAACACUGACCAGAGUGCAGAAGACAGCAGUGCCAGUUUGAAGCCACACUACAUGUUGUGACAAGGUCUACCUCACCUUUUAGCCAAAACUACUGAGAAUCAUCUCCACUCCCUAACCCCCCCCCUUUUUUUUUUUCUCAUCGCUCCUUCUGCCCUCUUGUGGUUCCGCUGUGUUGUUUCUCUCCCUUUCUCCAUGGGCCACAUCACUACAGUACUGCCACUGUUAAUAUCAUCUGAAGUGUUUCUUUUCCACGGCAGGAAUAACUAUUAAAGUUGUACAGUGAUGGUGUGAGGUUUUUUGUUUUUUUUUACUGUGACAGACUGACCUCAUCCAAAAGAGACAAGCAUGCUGUAGGUGGGGGGGAGGGAAUUGAAACACUGUAAUGUCAUUGUGUGUGUGUGUGGGUGUGUGUGAGAGAGAGAAUGAGCAUGUUUGAAACAGACUGCAGGUACGUAGACAUCUCCCCCUACAGGUUGCAGUAAAUUUGAUGAAACCAGUUAUUAUCCACGUGCAAACCUGAUCCCUCACUUGAAUAUGGUACAGACAGAAAGUAGUUGCACUGACUUGUAGCUUCCUCCUGGCGUGUGUAACAGGAUGUGGUUGGGGCCUGGUGCUUGAAACGUGUCAGGGAUACUGUGAGUGACGGUUUUAAUUUAUUUGUUGAUAGUUUUUAUUUCGUCUGCAUGAACACUGUGAGAUGAGCGCUGACGAGGGGAGGGGUUGGUACUCAGGUCUCCUGUAGAUGUAGCCAAAACCCCGUCAGUGAAACGUGACAUCAAAUGUGUGCGAAUUCUUUUUUUUUUUUUCUAUUUUUGUGUAAAUACAUCACUGUUUUUAACUGACAGACACUACUGAUAUUUUGUACAUAAAAUGUAAUGGUUUAUUUUUUAAUGCCAUAAGCAGUCAUGAGACAUUUGAAUGCAGAGUUUUACUCAAAAAGCAGAUCCAGAAGUCUUUCCUGGCAGCACGGUUUCCAGCAGUGCCAGGAAAUAGACUUAUCUGCUGAUUUAUAUUUCCCUUCAUUCUCUCUGCAUUUUGCUGGUACUACUGAUCCCAGAUAAUCGUGCUGCAGCUGGAGUUUUUCCCUGUGCAUUUGUUGAAAUGGCUGGUGUGAGAACUGGCCGUUUCCGAGGUGGCGAUUCAUCCUCAAACACUGGAUAUUUUGUAGCUUUGAAUAGCGAUUCUGCCAUCAAAGUUAUUAACAAUACACACUGAUUAGAACACUUUUUUUUUUCUUUUAAAGAAAUUCAGAACUCUGGCUGGAUGUUUUCAGGCAACACAGUUAAAGUAUUAUGCUGCCAUUUGUCACCGUUGGCCUGUGCACUGUUACGUCUACGUGGACUUUAGCAGAUGUUCUCAAAGACUUGAAUCCAUGUGUCAUGUUGGUAACCAUUGUGCAUGCCAUCUCUAACACUGUCAUCUGAAUGACAACAUCCGUCUGUCAUUUUGGUGGGGUUUGUUUAUUUCUGUUUUGGCCAUGUGCCCUGAAAAUGCUGCUACUGCUACAUGCACAGAGGUGAAACAGGCAGAACGUUGCAGACCUGAUGGUCUGCCCUGCCUUCACUGCGCAUGUCAUUUUGGCGCGUCAGCAGUAUUUCAGAUUACGUUUCUGCUUCAGACUGCACUCCAGUCAUCUGUCUCAGCGACAGAUAUCUGAAGCUUUUGUACAACAAUCAUUUCCACAUAAAUUCAGCAUUAUUUCAUCAUAAAAGAUGGAGGAAGCGAUCAGAGCGCAGAAACCACGGUGAGCUGUUGUUCACUGCACCUCCAUCAUUUCAAAGUGUCGCAGAUUAUCGCCUUGUUUCUGAUUAAAACUGACUUUGGAAUGAUUUAAGAGGAUUUACUUUGUCAUCUGCUGGUUAAUAAUCACAUUAAUCCCUUUGAUUGCUUUGGCGAAGAGCCCUUCUCACACGAGCUGUUGUGGUCCAAAAUGAUGCAUGCGCAGUGGCCUUCAGUCUGCACCACCGGCAAUCACUCCAGUCCAUGUGUGGUUUGUUGCCAUGGUAAUAUUACUGUCAGACAUCCUAUUCAUAUAAAAACACUUUCAGAUUUCAAACAUUAUGUUGUGGGAUGUUUCAAAAUGCAUUCAAAGUGUAUAACAAUAUACAAUAAAAGCCUUUUUUCCCCUUA